AUGGCCCUAUCUACGAUGCGCAUAUUCAUGUCCAUGUCCGUGCCGUUCCAGGUGGCGUCUAGGCUUAUCUACCGCAAGCGGUGGAACAAGCUGGCCGCGAUACGGCAGAAGCAGGAGGAGCUGUACCUCCCGCUCAUCGAUGGCUGCCGCAGCCAUCGCCGGCACUCUGACGAGGCACUGACCUAUGUGCACACGCUCCUCGACCUCCGUGUCCCGGUAGAACUCGAAGCAGAUGAGGCAGGUGCUGCUGGGGGAAAGCAAAGGCAGCAGCGGAGGCUCGAGGACGGUGAAAUCGUGGGACUCUGCUCGGAGUUCCUUGGUUCCUCGACUGAAACCACUGUCGCGUCACUGCAGUGGAUCAUGGCGAACCUGAUGAAACGCCCAGGGAUACAGGAGGCCGUCCGGAGGGAAAUCGAAGCUGCUGUGGACGCCGAUGCUGAGGAGGUCGGGGAGGAGGUUCUUGGGAAGCUAGACUACCUCAAUGCUGUCAUCUUGGAGGCCCUCAGGCUGCAUCCCACCACUGCCCGGGCAUUUAGGCAGGUGAUGCAAGAAGACCAAGUGGUUGAUCAUGAUGGCCAACGAAUUCCUGCGGGUACCACUAUGGUCUUCGUAUUGGAUGCUCUAGGGCGAGACAAGACGGUGUGGGAUGACCCCGAGGAGUUCAAGCCAGAACGUUUCCUAGCAUGUGGAGGUGGAGAAAGCACCAAGAACCUAUUGUCGUCCAUGGCGGGGGAGAUGAAGAUUAUGCCUUUUGGGAUCGGGCGGAGGAUGUGCCCUGCAAUAAGCAUGUCGUUGCUCCACAUUAGCUACUUCAUGGCAAACCUUGUGAGGGAGUUUGAGUGGGGUGAAGUGGAGGAAAACGAGAUGGGAGAACAUAUUUUCUCUGUCUUGAAGAUCGUCAAGACAAGGCUGCGCAACAAGAUGGAAGAUCAAUACCUUACCAACAGCUUACUUGUUCAGGUCGAAGGUGAAAUUGUAGGACACUACACCUAUGAUGAUAUAAUCUCAGAUUUCAAGGAUCUGAAGCAUAGAAGAGCAGCCUUUUAG